AUGUCGACUACCUCUACUCUCGAAUUCUCAAAUUUGCCCACCGAUACAAUUGGGAGAAUCAUUGAGAAAUGUGAUCUCAAAGAGCAAUUGACUCUCCGAAAAGUGUCGAAAGACCUGCGUUCUCUUGUCGAUAAACAGAAAAUUGCAUACAAAUCGAUCGAGAUCUAUCUGUCAGAUUCGUAUAUCUCUUGUGUGUAUUAG